AACUGCAUAGCUCUCAAGGUUCCUUUUUCCAUUUUUCCUUGGCCAAACAACUUAAUGGCACAAAUGAGUUGGGUUUCAACACAAACACUGCCCAAUUCUUCUGUUUUGGGGCGUGGAAAGCUCACCUUUCCACAACGUGUGGAAGGGGAAAUAGAUGAGCAUUUUCCUGAAGAGCUGAAAGGUGCAGGAAAGGCACAAGUGAUUAUGUUUUCGGAGGAUCGUGAUAAGGGUCCAUUUGUGGUAACCUUAUCGCUUCAAAAACUUGGGCAAGAGAGGGGAAAUCGUCAUAGAGUGGUUCUCUUGGAGCAUGAUUGGAUGCCGAUUGUUAGGGCUCUUGAGCUGAGAAAAGGAGACACUGUGAGUAUUUUUCUCUUAAAUAAACAGCCGUGGACUUAUUUAAUUACAGUGGAAAGGGCUCCAGGUGAGGCGAACCAACCAAAUCAACCGCUAAGAAUGGAGUUUGACCUCAAUGAACCAGUUCAGAUGGAAAUUGACCUGAACGAGCCUCUCCAACUGGACAUGGAGAACAAUCUGAACCAACCAAAUCAACCGCCAAGAUUGGAGUUUGACCUCAACAAACCAGUCCACCCCCAGAGCGACUGAGGCCACCAAGCUGACCCACGGCACAGCGCCGGCGCGCGGGAAGCGAAUGGGUUGCGUUGGUUUGUAGUGUUGUUAUCACCUUUGAUUUGAUAGUCAAUCAGGUUACAACGGUGGCGCCAUUUGUCAGUACAGCGUCCUUGUUGCCUUUUUUAUUUUUAUUUUUUUUUAAGUUCGGGAUGGCUUGCUUUCUUUUUCUUUUUCUUUUCUUUUUUUUCUUUUUUUUUUUUUAAGGUUUGGGAUUGGUUGCUUUUGUCCUAUUGUGUUUGCGUCUG